GAAGCCUCGAGGACGAGUCACGACUAGCAGUGGAGUGUGAGGAUACACAGCAACGUUUCUUCUAUGGUUUCCUUUUAAGGGUGCCGCUGUUUCUCAAGAAUCAGAGCAGCAGGAAACGUAUCCUGCCAAAUCCAAACGUUGAACUAUGAUGGUCCCAGGCCCACAAGAGGAGUCUCUACCCCCGAGUAGAUCUGGUAGAGACACCAGACAUCAGUAUGGAUCCAAUCAGUCCUUGUAUCACCACUCCGGAGCUUCUCAACAUCUCAGCUCUAAUGGGAAUAUUUCACCAGUAGGAGCAAGUCCCCACUUGGAGCCCCAAGUGUACACAGAGACGGAUUAUCUGCUGCCUGAUAAACUCUACGGCAAGUCGAGGCUCAGUGCACCUACAAGGUCAAAUGAUGCAUGUGGCUCCAGUGCACCUGCAGAGACAGUCUGCUCCAUGGUGCUUCAGAUCCUGGUGCCGUUUCUGCUGUCAGGCCUGGGGACGGUCUCUGCAGGGAUGCUGCUGGAAGUUGUUCAGAACUGGGACGUCUUCCAGGAAGUCACAGAGCUCUUCAUACUGGUCCCCGCUGUGUUAGGCAUGAAGGGGAACCUGGAAAUGACUUUGGCCUCAAGACUCUCUACUGCUGUGAAUUCAGGAAAACUGGGCAGUGCCAGAGAAACGUGGAUGUUGAUUUUUGGGAACCUGGCGCUCAAGCAGUUACAGGCCACCGUGCUGGGUCUGUUAGCCUCUCUAAUGGCCACAUUGUUGGGUUGGAUGGCAGAAGGGAAGAUGUCCUUGAAUCACGUCAUGCUGCUGUGUUCAACCAGUGUUUCUACUGCCUUCAUGGCCUCACUGCUACAAGGCAUUAUCAUGGUGGGGGUGAUUAUUGGUUCCAAGCGCAUUGGGAUUAACCCCGACAACGUAGCCACACCUAUGGCAGCCAGCUUUGGGGACCUCAUCACUCUGGCUCUGCUGGCCUGCUUCAGUCAGUGGUACUUCUCCUUCAUAGACAUUUAUCCCUAUGUGUUGUACCUGGUGGAUCUGCUGUUAUUGUGCCUGAUUCCUCUUUGGGUGAUGAUCGCCUCCAAACAUUCAGCCAGUCUCAUCCUGCUCCGCACUGGCUGGGAACCCAUUAUCACAGCCAUGAUCAUCAGCAGUGUCGGAGGCCUUAUUCUGGACAAGACUGUGUCUGAUCCAAACCUGGCAGGAAUUAUAGUUUAUGCUCCUGUCAUCAAUGGUAUAGGUGGAAACCUGGUCUCCAUACAGUCCAGUCGUAUUUCCACCAGUUUGCAUUUGAAUUACCCUCCUAGAGAGGUUCCCGAAGAACGUCAGGGCUGCUACAACCCAUGUCGAACUUUCUUCGGAACAGGAGCAAACCACCGAUCCGCUCAGGUCCUGCUUCUUUUGGUCAUACCUGGUCAGCUGGUCUUCAUACACACCAUCCACCUGAUAAAAGGAGGUCACACUCUGCCCAGUCCGCUCUUCACUGUCACCUUCCUGUCUGCUUCUCUGAUUCAGGUCUCCUCCCUGCUGUGUUCAGCUGACUGCAUGGUCCACAGUUUGUGGCGCAGGGGUAAAGACCCAGACAGUUACUCCAUACCUUACCUAACAGCUCUUGGAGACCUUCUGGGGACUGCUCUCCUGGCUCUGUCAUUUCUCAUACUGUGGUGUGUUGGUGACUCAGGCAGUGUGUAGCUGAACAUAUUACACAAAUCCUCAUUGACACUAAGAUACAUACAUAGAUAAACCUACAAACAUUUCAGGUACAUGGACAAAGAAAAUGGAUAUUUUUCAUCCGUUCUUGUCAUUUUGUUUCACAUUUGUAAAGCUUUUUACCACCAAAAUAACCCUGGACCUUUAUCACAGGGGCUACUAUUCAAGAGAUUAAAGGUUCCUCCAGCCUACGCUCAAUAAUGAAGAUUAGAGAGAGUCAGGUGACGGGUGAAGUAGGCUGUUGCUGUGAGUACUUCAUCGAUCAGAAAUGUUCUAGAAAGUUCCUCCAAACAAGCAUGGAAUUUUUUUGUGGGGUAAAAUUCAAUCACUAAGAUCAUUUAGACUCUGAUACUUGUUGCGGAUCCACAAUAAGUACCUCCAAAAGUUAUCUGUGCCUGAGGAGGGGUAAUAGUGGGAUGAGUCCACUGACCUGGCAUCAGGGGUAGAAACAGAGGGUUAAUACGGGUACAUUCAUAUCAAUAUAAAACGAUGGAGCCAGCAGGGCAGAACAGAUUGUUGUUUGUUUGAAUGUGACUCACACACUGGGACAACAUUAUUAUGAUGUUGCACAUUCAAUGUAAAGGUAUAAAGGCGCUUUGACGGCAGGGCUUCUUUACCCCACUGCUGCAGAAUUGCAAUAGAAAAAAGGCUACAGCUUUUCAGCUGUAUGUUUACCAACUGUAUGGUUUUACCUUCCCCGGUUACCUCCGCUUAUCACCCUUUGUCUUCUGACUUCAGGAUAAACUGUUCAGAUUUUCUUGACAGAGGUUGGACUCAGUUGGCUUACAUUGAUGAUAACAGUCCAGGUAUGUCUUUAAGGAUGUUCACUAAAACACUUUUUGUUUUUUCUGUUGUUAAGUAACGUGCACUUAACUGUAGCACACCUAUUGUUUGUACUUUUUUAAUCAUACUGUAUGUGGUAUUCUGUUUGUUAUGUGAUGUACUGCUUGUAAAGUUGAGUUCAAUUCUUUGUAUUGUCAUUUGU